AUGAGUGAGGAUGAUCCGGAAGGAGAUGUAGUCCAAGUUAGGCCAACCGAACACGUAAUUCGACUGUUUUUUACCUCCUUAAAAAUAUAUUUCAGGUCAAUGUUCCUACCCAGAAUAUCCGUCCGGAUCACGAUAUUAGUUUUCCGAAGAAAAUUGCAUUCGGAGUCGGACAUUUCUACAAUGAUUUGUGCGCAAGUAUGUGGUUCACCUAUUUAAUGAUUUAUAUGGAGAAAGUUCUCAAGUUCCGGAGUAGCAGAGCAGGUUUAUUAAUGUUGAUUGGCCAGGUUUGUGGCUAAAAUCUAUAAAGAAACAAUACAAUUCAAAAUUUUAGGGAACGGAUGCGGUUUCCACUCCACUCGUUGGAAUAUUCAGUGAUUCGAACAUACUACCAGCGUGUUUUGACAAAAUCGGCCGCAGAUUGUCAUGGCAUCUGAUCGGUGAGUGUUUUUUUGCGGACUGUGAAAAUAUGAAAAUAAUUAUCUUCAGGAACUGUUUUGGUUUCAAUCUCGUUCCCCAUGAUUUUCAACAAAUGUUUUCUCUGCAAAAGUGACACAUCAGAAUGGUUAGAAGUGCUCUGGUUUGUGCCAUUUAUCAUGGUCUUCCAAUUUGGAUGGGCUUCUGUACAGGUUAGUUAUCAAACCGAAUCAAAAGUAGAAAAAAACGAAAAAAAAACUGUACUAAAGAUUUCACAUCUGGCUCUUAUUCCGGAGUUAUCCUCACUUCCAUCAAGCAGAUCUACUAUGAAUUCAUUGAGGUUCGUUGAAUAGUGCAUAUCGAUUGACUUUCAGUGGGCUGGACCGGGACGAGAGGGAUUUGCCGGUAUCGGAACAGUUUCUUAAAAGAUCCCUGUUUCAGGUAUGCGUUCAGUGUGAUCGCCAACCUUUCCGUGUUCUUCGCAUUGGCUUGGCUGCUCUCAGAAUCAACCGGUCAUUCAUCCAUUGGUCCCUGGGAUUUCAAUCAUUUCAGAGUGAACAAUCCUUCAUCAGUCAUUUAUCUAUCCAUAUUUCUUUUUUAGCUGGCUGGAUGGCUAGCGGUUAUACUAGGAGUCACAAUAUCUGUGGUUUUUUAUACAUUCACCAAAGAGCCGGCAAAUCAACGACGUCUCAGGUAAAAAAGAAGCAAAUCCUCAUCUGCCAAUGAGUGCAGUUCAGUCGUCUCAACUCAUUCUCGUCGGAUGCAAGUGAAUUGGUCCGAAUGCAUUGGACAAGUUGGUUUGGACAUCUCCAAUUUUAUCAGGUCGAACGUUUAUUUAAAUUUUGAAAUUUGACACUUUCACUUUCAGAUCGCGCUUCUCUACAUGCUCUCUCGAUUGUAUAUAAAUGUAUCUCAAGUUUAUUUUCCAUUUUAUAUCACGUUAACUCAAAAUUUUGACAAGGUGAGGGAACAGAAAAUCGAUUUGGACUAAAUAAUGCAAUUUUUCAGAGAUAUGUGGCAAUAUUACCAAUGGUCUCUUACCUCUCUUCUUUUUCCGUUUCAAUGAUAAACAGCUUGCCGGUGGUCAAUAAACUCUCGAAAAAAGUACAUUUUUAAUCCGCUUCCGGGAGUAAAGUACCAUUUUUCAGGUACUUUACAUCCUCGGAUUGUUUUCUGGUUUGGCGUCAUGUGCUGCGAUGCUCUUGGAGCUUCCCGGCUGGAGGAUUUACGUGCUUGCAAUAGGAAUCGGAAUCGCUCAAGCCAUUCUUCUGAUCACAUCCCUUUCGAUCACUGCUGACUUGAUCAAUAAGAACACGGUUUGUCGCCUGUCAAAUAUUUUGUUCUUAUCAAACGCAAAACACGAGCAAAACAAUUGCAGGAGAGCGGAGCGUUUGUCUAUGGAGCAAUGAGCUUUUUCGACAAAUUGUCGAAUGGAAUAGCUUAUCAGUUGAUCGAAUUAUGGAAUCCGACUUGCGAGUAAGAGUUGCUCGGAAAAUAAGAGAUUAUAUAUAAUUUGAACCUUCAGUGCUCUCAAACCACAUCAGGCGUGUACGAUUUUUUAUCGCAAAGUGAUGGUGUACGUUCCCGGAACUUGCCUGGUCCUCGCUCUCAUCGUUCUCUUAUCACUGGUUCCGUUCCAAAUCGGCGAGAGACGGAGAAGACGUCCGGUUCUCGGUGAGUAACGAUUUAUGAAUGUACGGUUGGGAUCGUAUAGUUUCAGACGAUGAAAGAGCCAUUCUGGAAGACAACGAUGACGAUUUGGAUCCAGAAGAUGCUGCAGAAAUAUAG